AUGGCGGCCGCAUCUGACAACAUUGACAUCUCGCGGGAAAUCUCGCUGUGUAGUCUGUGCAACGAGACUUUCAAAUUACCAAAAGUGCUGACGUGUUUGCACAGUUUUUGCUCGAUCUGUCUUGAAGAUUACAUUGUAAAGUCCCUAGUUCAAAAUGGUCAGCGAUAUUUCCCGUGCCCCACGUGCGAGGCUGAAAUUGACAUGCCAUCGGACGCUUUACCAGGAAAAUAUGCUAAUGCAUUUAAUGAAGACAGAUUUAUGGAGAAGCUGGUAGAACUUAUCGAUGCCAUGAAGGAGGGAAAAGUAUGCGACAAUUGUGAAAGGAGGGAGGAAAAUGUAACAGCCGGAAACUGGUGUAUGGAUUGUCAUGACGCUCUGUGCGUUUCUUGCUUAAAAGUGCAUACACACGGAAAGUUCACUUCCGGUCACGUGGUUAUUGCUGUUGAAGAGAUGCGUAAAAUGCCUUUAGAGACGAUAAUGAAGAAAAACAAUAAGAUUCCGUGUAUCAAACACAAUGAGAUAAUUACUUUAUAUUGUGUAGACUGUCGGGACCCUCUCUGUGUCCAAUGUAUGGCCGUGUCACAUCGGCGGUGUGAAAAUGUUGUCACGGUCACGGACGCCAUGUCGUCAAGCACAGAUGUGCAAGAUGUCAUCGACAAACUGCAAAACAUGCAGGCCUCACUGGAGAACGCAAACGGUCUUGGAGCCAUGGAGGGUGUGCUUGAAGAAAGCAUUGAAGCUUCGCGGAGUAGAAUCAUGGCAAUUUGUAACGAAAUAUGUGAAAAGGUCAGAAAAGAACAGGUGAAGUUGUUAAAGGCGUUGGAUAGUAAAGCGGAACAGGCCCGUGGCGCUCUCCGAGAAAAAAUCGAGCCCAAGAAAAUGGGUGUUAAAGCCAUCCGAUCUGCAAAUGAAAGGAUGAAAAUGCUGACACGGUACGGAAGUGACGUAGAAGUUCUGUUAGCUUACAAUCAAAUCCGGAAACAGUUCGAUUCCAGUCAGGGAGACUUGGAAAGUCUUGACUCGAAGCAAUCUGCUGUUAAAUUAGACUUCGAAGUCAAUGACACAAUGGAUAGAUUUGUGAAAGAAUUUGAAAAGGUAGGGGAGAUAACUGUAGAUGAAGGCGAUAGCAGUGAGGGUCUGUCGUCAUGGGGAGUCACGUGCACAUCUACAGAGGACAUCAUCGUGACUGACUGUAAAAACAGGAGGAUUCAGAAAUUCAGCAAGUUCGGUGAUCUGGUCGACUACGUGCAAUUGGAGGAUGAACCACGUGACAUAACCACGUGCGGACAGAACGACUAUGUUGCAAUCACGAUGGUGGGGAAGUUGAUUAUCUACCUGACAACGAAAAAGACCAUGCAGCUUAUAAAGAGAGCGAAAACAGAGAAACAAUAUGAUGGCAUAUCCUACUCCGAUAAAGAGGCUUUACUUCUCGUGACGUCACUGAGGGAACAAUGUGUAGAUAAAAUACAAAUGGAUGGAACUAUUCUGCGGACAUUCCAGAAUAAACCGGAUGGAGUGCUGUCGUUCGUGGAACCUCGGUACAUUUCGUCAGCUCCCGAUAAAUCUAUCGUAGUUUCUGAUGUUGACGGAAAUGAAGUGUUGUGUUUUACACAUGACGGUAAGCCAUUGUACAAGUACACACCGAACGGCUCAAAUACUGUCAAAAGACCACAAGGGGUCUGCUUCGAUAAGCUUGGAAACUUAUUCAUAGCUGAUUACGGAAACAACCGAGUCCAACUCCUGACCAAUGAGGGUGAGUUUCAGCGUCACGUGCUUGGAGAGGAGACUGGAUUGGAGCGUCCCGUGGCAUUACGUCUCAGCAACAGCAGUAGAAUGAUCAUCGUCCAGGGAGACGGCAUGGUCAAGGUGUUCAGCUACUCCUAA